GCACGAGGAGGACGAGUUGGCAUCGUAUCAGGAGUCCACAAUGCAGCGUCUCGUCGGAGCUUUCAAUAAUGUUGUUGACGUUGGGGAGGGGGUGGACGGCGGUCGGAUUUCGUACGAGAGGUUGAGGAACGUCGUGGACUGCAUGCGCCUUUUGUUGUCUGCCGCCAUGUGGAUCAUGCGGAUGGCGGGUGAUAAUCUGCGCUCACAGUAUGAGGCCUCCCAUCUGAUGGAGCUAGUCGCGAAACCCACGCUCAUUGCGUCGCUUCAUCGCUCGUUCGACGCGCGGCGCCAUGUUCUGCAGUGCGUGAACGCCGUGACAGAGAAAAUGGGAAAGCCCCCAAUUACGUUGGUGGACUCUCCGCUGUACAUCCCCGACUGGGUUUUUGGUGCGGGGUGUCUUUCAACAACGACGCGACGUUGGCGUCUCCCGAUCUUGCCAGGAGACUGGAUUGGAUGGGCACCGGACCACCCAAGAUCGACGACGAAGAGGAGGAGAAUGCAGACGAGGGGGAGGCGUGAACAAUGGUCGCGGACUGCAUGCGACGACGACAGUGAUGCGGAUGAUGAUGAUGAUGAUGGCGACGAUGAUGACGAAGGCGGUGACGAUGGAGUCCACGAUGCUGAUGAUCAAGACGGCGGCGACGAUGAUGAUGAUGGGGACGAAGAUGACGACGACGACGAUGAUGACGAUGAUGAUGAUGAUGAAGACGACGACGAUGAUGAUGAUGAUGAUGAUGAUGAUGAUGAUCAAGACGACGACGAGGAUGAUGACGAUGACGAUGAUGAUGAUGAAGACAAUGAUGAUGUGGAUGUAGACGACGACGACGACGAGGAUGAUGAUGAUGAUGAUGAUGACGAUGAUGAUGAUGAUGAUGAUGAUGAUGAUGAUGAUGAUCAUAAUGAUGAUGAUGAUGAUGAUGAUGAUGAUGAUGAUGAUGACGAUGACGAUGAUGAUGAUGAUGAUGAUGAUGAUGAUGAUGAUGAUGAUGAUGAUGAUGAUGACGAUGAUGAUGAUGAUGAUGGCGCAGACGGCUGUGUUCGGUGGUCGUCUCUGGUCGCCGCAGGGAGUGUGUAGGAGAGGAAGGAAAACAGUCGCCAACAAGCAAUAAAACUUUGCGAUCACA